AUGAAAUAUCGAAAUGACUACCAAACGCUGGAUUAUUACGGGGGUGACCCAGAGGCCGACAACUGGGAUCCCCCAGUGGAACCCCCUGGUCACGACCAGCUGCCCAUCAAACACCACGCAACCGGAUUUAUCAUCAAGCCAGUGGAGCACGCCAAAUACCUAGGAAUCUGGCUCGAUAGGACCCUUUCGUUCGACACUCACAGGGUUAAGGCCCUUGCCAAGGCGAACAGGACUUUGGAAGCCCUCCGCAGCAUUUCAGGCUCGACCUUGGGGACCUCCCUGCUGAGCAUGCGCCGCAUCUACCUGGCAGUGGUAGUUCCCCAGCUGCUCUAUGGGGCGGCUGCCUGGUAUAGCCCUACGAGCCGGACAGUAACAGACGAUAUUGAUACCAAUCGAAUCCCUAUGACCAAAGAAAGGUUCCUAGAGGAGAUUAAGAAGAAUCCGGAAGUGGUCUACGAGGUCAUGAGAGGCAUGCAUGAGCUCGAGAUCAAAAGAACAAACAAGGCCCGGAAAGACAUCAUCGAUCUAACCGCUGAACGUAAUGCUAUCGCCGUGAAAUGGGCUCUCUCUAAGGAUCGAACCGACACCUCUGGUUACCGAUCCACUAAGAUUCCUGACCCGCCGAUGCUGAAUACCGGCGAAAACCCAUCCUUUGAGAAUUGGCAGUUAGCGAUCCACCAGAAGAUGGCUGCUAACGCUGACCACUAUCAUACCUUCGCCUCAGAGUUCCAGUACCUUGCGGUCGAAGGCCGGAUCGAUCGUAAUACCUGGAAGGAAAGCUUCUUUUUCGCUUUUCCUGAUGAAGUGCAGCGAAUGGUGGCUUACGCCUUUAGCGAUGACAACCGAACCUUUGGGGACUUUACUCAUGAAUGUGCCAAGGUGGCUGACCUCUGGGGUAACCUAAAGAAGCGCCGAAACCAUAAUACGGUUAGAGGCGGCUCCAAGUCUUCAUCCUCGACCCCGAAUAAGGGAGCUAGUUCGCGCCUUAGUUAUGUCAAAGGUAAAGAGAAAGACCAGUUGAUAAGAGAAGUACAGAAGUUGCCUUUCCUGAUUGUGGAUCUCGGUCAGAACGACGUAAUUCUUGGCAGAAAAUGGCUGCAAGUUUACCAAGUCCUACCUGACUGCAGCCGCAACCGACUACUUUGGCCCGAAACAAUUACGCUGAGGGAGGAGAUUCAGGCUCGACAGAGCAUCAUUCUACCUAAGGCAAUCUCGCAGAGACCCAAGGGCCUGCCAGAGGUCGAUAUCUUUGCUAUCAGCGGUUCGGUUUACCAGCUUCAUCUCGGUAAAUUAGAUUGCUUCAUUACCUCGCUAGCGCAGAUAGACAAGAUUAUCAACGAGAAGAACUACCCCGAACGCCUGCUAGAGGUUAAGUUGAAAGAACAGAUCCCCGAGUCCUACCACGGCUUUGUGGAUGUGUUCUUGAAGAGGAGGCCUGCAGUUCUGCGUAGACUACCGAAAUUGAACUCGAUUACUAAGAAGAACCGCUACCCCCUGCCCCUGAUGGACGAGUUACUGGGCCGGCUAGGCCACGCGAAGAUCUUUACCAAGCUUGACAUCAGGCAGGGCUUCUACCGCAUACGAAUGUACCCCGAUUCAGUGGAUCUGACCACGUUCCGCACCAAGUACGGGUCUUACAAAUACCAACUGAUAAAUAACAUCUUUAUUGAUCUGAUCGACAAGUACGUGGCUGUAUAUGUAGACGAUAUCCUAAUCUUUAGCCUCCAGGCCGCUAUUCAUAAGUGCGAAUUUGGCGUAAAGAGGACUAAGUUCUUGGGCUUUAUUCUGACCCCGGAUGGCAUUGAGGUUGACCCUGAGAAGGUCGCAGUGAUCACUAACUGGCAGGUUCCCACCACAGUUAGGGAAGUCCAGUCGUUUCUCGGGUUCUGCAACCUCUAUCGACGCUUUAUAGAGGCCUACAGCAGGAUUGUUAGACCACUAAAUAUGCUCGGUGCUGAGCGCAACUACGACAUCCAUGAUAAGGAGCUCCUAGCCAUAGUGCGAACUCUAGGGCUCUGGAGAACAGAGCUUGAAGGACUUCAGACUACUGAACGAAUAGAGAUCUGGACUGAUUAUAGGGCCCUUGAAUACUUUAUGACUACGAAGAAGUUGAACGGGCGCCAAGCCCGACCCGGGUUAAAAAAUACAGCUGCUGAGGCCUUAUCGAGACCUGAAGAGAGUCCUCUGGACCUAGACACAAAGAACCAGGCUCUGUUGAGACUAGAGUGGUUGGAAGAGGGUGUUCUGCCUCCGCAGGCCACUGAACAGGAGCUAUCUGCUAUAUCAGUACUUCUCGCUCCUAUAGAGCUGAAUGACGUCCAGUUGAUGGACCGUUUACUAUCCCAGGAUCAAGCUGAAGCUCGCCAGACUGCUCGCAAUUUAGAACAGAUCUGGGACUACGCUAAGGGUCAAAUUGAAUUAGCUCAGGUAAAGAUAAAGCGGCAAGCCGAUAAGUAUCGCAGGCCCGUGGAUUUUAAGGCUGAGGACUUGGUUUACGUAACUACUAAAGACUGGAAAUUAGGCCGUCUGAGCCGCAAGUUCGGCGACCAAUGGGCUGGCCCGUACGAGAUUAUUGAACAGAUUUAA